AUGACGCACCGGCCCAGGGACUGCACGUCUCCGAGCGCCUCGCAGCCCCGCGGCAAGCGGGGGCCCAUGAAGUCCUCCUGCAAGGCAGGUCCCCCCGCGGCGCUCCCGUGCGCCCCGGGCUCCGUGCGCCCCGAGAGCGCCCUGCGCCGACGCCUGGCCGCCAACGCGCGCGAGCGGCGCCGCAUGCAGGGCUUGAACUCGGCGUUCGACCGGCUGCGCCGCGUGGUGCCCCAGUGGGGCCAGGACAAGAAGCUCUCCAAGUACGAGACGCUGCAGAUGGCGCUCAGCUACAUCGUGGCCCUCACGCACGUCCUGGCCGAGGCCGAGCGCGACUGGCCCGGCCGGCACCGCGAGCCCGGCCUGCCCUUCGCCGCCCCGGCCAGGCUGCCCGCCGAGCUCCACGGCCCCGGCCUCUUCGGCUUCCACCCCGAGCCCUUCCACAUGGCCACCUGA